AUGGCCUAUGAGAACCCUACAGUAGGGUGUUUGAAGAGGAAGCGACGGAGAAGAGAAGACAAGCCUCCCAUAUCAGCACGAAUAUUCCUGGACGGUAGCUUGAAGGGUGAUGUUGGGGUCCUUUCCGAGGACUUGUUGCUGGAUCUAUUUUCUGGUCGUGGUGCGCAUGACUCUGGCACGUUAUAUACAGCCCUCACACCAUGGACACCAAACACAACCAUAACAGGGUCGGAUUGGACAAUCCUACCUCUACGAACACAGCUCAAGGAUGAGAAAGCCCUACCAGCAUCCACUCUGCGCUUCCCUGCUGCUGCGAGCGGUAUACAGAGCUUUGUCAAUUUAAUUCAAGUCAGCUCGCCGACCCGAGUUGUGAGGCUGAACACUGCCAUUGAAGUCAAGAUUAGCGAUGUGGUGCCCUUGGCGUUGGAGACAGUGAUUGUCACGCUGGAUGUGGAGGCCGUCUCUAAGCUCGAGGAAGCGCAAAAGAGAUACGGUAAGGGCUUCGCAGGCGCCAAUGGCUAUGCUGCUAAGCGAGGUGGAAAGCACGGUGCUGUGGAGAACGGCAACGAAGUGGGAGUGAAGAAUGACGAAACACGGCAGAAACAGCUUGUGCGUGAAGCUUUGCAGAAGACUGCGAUUGUGCAUGUUGGCGAUCUGCUGAAUCUAGGCCUGACACACCCUGUAACGCAUGCAAGUGCACCUCCAGCACGAGUUCUGGCCUGCGAGCCCGUGUCACAAGGUCUUCUGUCCUCGAGCACAAAGAUUGUGAUCACAACCGCUUCCGACACACGACAACAUGAUCCUCGUGGUCGUGCCCUGAUUUCACCACGUCUGGACGAGGAGACGGACGAAGACACCUCUAAUGAGGCUUUCUUUUCAGCUACCGAGGAGAAUUCACCCAUGAAGCCCAUUGUGACGUCCAAAUCGACAACGGAUUUGUCCAAUACAGAUGACCUGUUUGACUCGAGCACGGAAGAAAGCAACCUGUCCGAUGAUUCCGACGACAUGAUCUCACUUGCGAAACCAGGGAUCACGGAAGGGCCAUCUGGUAUUAGCUCUGCCAUGAGCUCGAGCACGCAGAGGCCAUUAGGAGGACGAGGUACCGGCGUGAGUACACCAGGCUCCAUCUUUUCGAACGUCACAGCCAGCACCAUCCGCGGUGGACAAGCGACGAAAAGCAAAGUCUUCCGAGCGCAGGGUCUCAUAGAGAGAAUUUCUGAUGAGCUAUUGCAUCCCAAGCCUGCUUCCACGGAAGAUGAAGAAGCACGUGUGUAUGUCGAUUCUACGGCCUUAGCACGCCUUGGCUGCUUCUCUGGCGACUGGGUGCAGAUUGAGUCUGUCGAAAGCCAUGGUCUUCCACAGUUGAGCGCCUUCGGUGGUUUCGACGCCGCAUCAACUCAGUCCUGGCGACCAGUCAAAGUAUAUGGUCUGCCUGAGCACAUGUCUCGUAAGCCAGCUCGUUAUCCGAUGGCCAGCAAACAUGGACGUCGCGACAGCAUCUCCUCGAUAGCAACGACGGCAGGGACGCCGGCAACACUUUAUACUUCACCUAUCUUGCUGGCCAAUCUCGACAAUGCAGAAAGCGUCAGUCUGUCGCCAUUGUUGUUUGGUAGAAGGCAGGCGGCAAAGCGUGGAAUGACACAAAGGCCACCAUCUUCUGCAUCGCGACAACCUCCGAUCGCAUCGGAAGUCACACUGAGGAAAGUGGUCACACCACUGUCUAGUGAGCGAGCUCUUAGUCAUGUCUUGUUCGCGAAUCUGAAGGAGCACUUCGAGAGCAGACAGCGGAUCGUGAAAGCUGGUGAUGUGAUCGCCAUACCUAUCGAUGCCAGCCUCGGAAGGUCUCUAUACGAAGGUGAGGCUGAGCAAGAAGGCACUGGCCCAGGAGCUCUGCUUGGCCAGUGGCACCGGGAAGGCAGCAAGAGUGAUCCAGCUAUGUCCGAAGUCGCGUGGUUCAGCAUCGAGUCUGUCAACGUGCCGUCGGAAGACGAGGAAGCGACAGAGAUAACAGAUCUGUGGGCAGGCGCAGCCUCUAUCGACCCGUCUCGUAUGACUAUGCGACAGUCUGGUGACGAGAAGCGAAAGCUACCUUCUGCAACCAGCAACGUCUGGCCUUACUACAUGGGUGUACACAAAGCGGCGAAGAAGGCCGCACAAGCGGGACAGCAGACCUUGCCGGAGGCCGUACAGACAAGUGUCACUACUCUGCAUCGUCGCCUGCGCGAGCUGAUAUCCGUAUCGUCUAGUCCACGAGCAGUGCAUCUAGGCAUGCCGCCACUAGCGUUAUUACUCACAUCAACGCAACGCAGUAUAGGCAAGUCGUAUAUGGUACAGCAAGUAUGUGCAGAUUUGGGUCUGCACUAUUUCGCCAUCGACGGCUUUGACAUCGCCUCCGAAGGUGGUGGAAAUGUGGACACUCAGACGCAGGGUCUUCUCGAAGCACGAUGUGAGAGAGCACUGGACUGCGGAUCAGAAUAUACUGCUCUCUGCAUCAGGCACAUCGAGACGCUCAGCUCGGAUAGAGUCGCGGCCUCGCUAAAAACUGUACUGGAGUCCGCUCGAGUGCUUGUUGCAACGACUACAGACGUUGAGAAGAUUCCAGAGGCAGUGCGAGGACUCUUCACGCACGAGCUUGAAAUGACUGCACCCGAUGAAGGUGAGCGCGAGGGUAUACUGAAGAAUAUCGUGGCAGGUUCAGGUGUUCCGCUAGCACUAGAGGUGGAUCUUGCAGCUAUCGCUGUAAAGACUGCGGCGCUUGUGGCAGGCGACCUCGUCGAUGUUGUCGAUCGCGCCUUGGUGGCAAGGACGGAUCGCCUGACAAAUCUUGCGAAAAUAGCAGCAGGUCAUGGUGUCCCGUCCGUAACGCUAAAAGACAUCCAGCUAUCAGGCGGUACCGCAGCAACAUCACUCACGCCAGCCGACUUCGAAGCAGCCGUUGACCUCGCUCGCAAGAACUUCGCUGACUCCAUCGGCGCCCCGAAGAUCCCGAACGUGCAAUGGUCUGACGUUGGCGGUCUCACGCACGUCAAAGAUGCCGUUGUUGAGACGAUUCAGCUUCCGCUCUCGAGACCUGAGCUGUUCGCCAAGGGCCUCAAGAAGCGCAGUGGUAUUCUGUUCUACGGCCCACCAGGAACUGGCAAGACUCUGCUGGCUAAAGCGAUCGCCACAGAGUUCAGUCUCAACUUUUUCUCGGUCAAAGGCCCGGAGCUGCUGAACAUGUAUAUUGGCGAGUCUGAAGCCAAUGUACGAAGAGUCUUUCAGCGUGCGCGAGAUGCGAGACCUUGCGUCGUCUUCUUUGAUGAGCUGGAUAGUGUGGCCCCGAAACGUGGGAAUCAGGGUGAUAGUGGUGGUGUUAUGGAUCGGAUCGUCUCGCAGCUUUUGGCUGAGCUGGAUGGUAUGAGUGAUGGCGAGGAUAGUGGUGGUGGUGUCUUCGUCAUUGGUGCUACGAAUAGACCGGACUUGCUCGAUCAGGCUUUGCUUAGGCCAGGUCGCUUUGACAAGAUGUUGUAUCUUGGCAUCAGCGAUACACAUGAGAAGCAGGCUACUAUCCUGCAGGCACUGACGAGGAAGUUCCGUCUCGAUCCAUCAUUAUCGCUUCCAAAGGUGUCAAAAUCACUGCCCUUCACCUUCACCGGAGCAGAUCUCUAUGCUCUGUGCUCGGACGCCAUGCUCAAAGCUGUUACGCGAUCAGCUAAGCUUGUGGAUCAGAAGCUGGCUAUUAUCAACGACCAGCGUGUCACACGGGGUCAAAGCAAGGCCUCGGUCGCAUACUUCUUCGACCAUCAUGCUACCGAGGAUGACCUAGAAGUCCUGGUAACCGAUGGAGACUUCACCAACGCAAGACGAGAACUGGUGCCCAGCGUCAGCCUAGAUGAGCUGCAGCACUAUGAACGUGUUCGGGACACAUUCGAAGGCACGACGAAAAAGCCUGUGCCCAAAGCGAACGCAGAUGUUGCUCGACCACUUAAUGCGCGUUCGCAGUCCAGCCAACGUGAUAUUGCCCAGUCUCGUGCUCAGCUUGCUGCACUUAUGAAGCGCGCCCAGGCUGGGAAGGACAGGGAAAUGACGAUGAAUGGACAUGCUGGUAAUGGACAUCAAGCUAUACUUGGUGCUGAUGAUGAGUCGGGUGACGACUAUGUUGUCAGGACCGAUCGAUUAGCUAUCAACGGCGGUAAGAAGGGCAAAGGCAAGGGUAAGAGUGCUGAUAUGGCGUCAGCUGAGCACGACGAUGUUGGCGAGGAUUUGUACGAUUAG